UUUAGGAAAUAAAAUCUAAAAAAGAUGUUUUUAAUUCAAUGUAAAAUAAUAAUUAAUAAAAUCAAUGUAAAAUAAUAAUUAAUAAUAAAUGUUCAUUAGAAUGAAGACAAUUGGAAAACAAAAUUGGUUUUUCUUAAUAUCUACCACUACAUAUCUCAUGAUAUGCGUCGUUGCCGAAAAGCAAAAACGACAAAUAUUUAGAGAACAGGUGUUACCAGCAUUAGGAGGCAAAAUUCCAGAAGAAGCUUUUAGAACUGAUCGCUUAGCAUUGAAUCGGUUAAACAAAGAAGGCAUUACAGUGCCUGAUGCUGUGAUUUUAGAUGCUCGAAAUAUACAUAAACACACUCAACAUAUUCAAACAAUGCCAGAAAUAAUAAAGGUAUACCUAACUCCAGAUGGACGAUAUAUUGCACCAGAGGGUAGAUUUCAUUAUAAUCGUGCAAAAACAAUUGACACAACUUAUAUUAUUCGUAUUCCAUAUUCACAAUAUAAUAAUCGUGAGAAUUCAAAUUUUAACAGUCAUCGAGAUUUUUCAAAAUCACAAACUUAUACGAAUUUUAAACAACUUGUACCCAUAAUACAACCAUCAGAAGCUGAAAUUUACAAACCUAUCAUAACACCUUUAGUACUUUCUAAUAACGCAGGCUUAUUAGAAGAAUCUUAUGUACCCACUUGGAAUAUUCACUACAAUUGGAAUUCUAUCUAUCAACCAUUUGAUGAUUAUAUUAUCAACAAUAUAGCAUUUUUUAAUUCUCAUCAGAUUAUUACUGAUUAUCAAGGAUUUUUAAAUAAGUUUCAUGAACGAUUUUCAAGACACAUAGAAUCUCAUUCUAUAAGAAGGAAUCAAAAUUUUUCUCCUCAAUUUUGGAAAUCAAAUAUGAAAAAUAUUGAAUUAAAUACCAAAGCAAUAUCAUAUCAGAACAUUAAAAUGAAUACUGGCAAUAUAAUUUUCCGCUAUCCAAAUCUUACCAAAAUUCCAGAAACUGAUUUCACUUGUGAUGGUAGGAAAGGCAUGUUUGCUGAUAUUGAAACUAAUUGUCAAGUUUUUCACAAUUGUUCUGGUUGGUCUAAAACUUCGUCGCUUUGUCCUUCAGGUACAGCAUUCAGUAAUGCGAAAAAGCGUUGUGAAUGGUGGAAUACAGUACAGUGUAAAUAAUCAAUUUAAUUCUAAAAUAAUUUAAUAAUUUUAGAAGAUAAUAAAUUCAUAUUUUUAUUGAAUUUUACUUCAAAUCAAUUUGAAUUUUAUUAUUAUGAUUUUAAACUAAAUAUAAAUUGUGUUCGCAUUUCUUAAUUUUUCAAGACAAUUAUUAUAUUUAAAUAUAUUUAAAUUAUUAUAUUAUAAUGCA